CGAGUACAACACAGGAGAUACGAGGCUUCUGACAGCUCUGUGUUUUGCUACUGCGUCAGGGGUCGUCUGUUAAAAUCCGUCUCCAUCUUCUUUAUACGUUGAAAAAAUGAUGAUCAAACCGAUGAGAGCAUGAUCUGCAGAUUCUAAGCUUUCACCUGAGCACAAUAUUGUGGCAUUUUAGACUUUUCUACAUUAGAAAAGGAAUGGUGAAAAGUGAGCUCCGUCGGAAGAAUCCGAAUUCUCCUCGGGGAAUCGGGGGGGUUGGGGUCGCGUAAAGAUAUAAAGGAUUGUAGAAGUUAAACAACGUGUAUAUUUGUUAAGGUAAGGCAAAUUUAAUGUACAGAACGCGUCCGUUUUAAUAGAAAUUAAUAUUAAUAGUAUCGAGUGACCCGUUCGGAAGAAGCCAAUAAACACAGCAAUGGAGCUACGAGUUGGGAACAGAUACAGACUGGGCAGAAAAAUCGGAAGUGGAUCAUUUGGAGACAUUUAUUUGGGCACAGACAUUUCAGUUGGAGAGGAAGUGGCCAUCAAACUGGAAUGUGUGAAGACAAAGCACCCACAGCUCCACAUCGAGAGCAAGAUUUACAAGAUGAUGCAGGGUGGAGUUGGCAUCCCUACCAUAAAGUGGUGUGGUGCAGAAGGAGACUAUAAUGUGAUGGUGAUGGAGCUACUGGGUCCCAGCCUGGAGGACCUCUUCAAUUUCUGCUCCAGGAAGUUCAGCUUAAAGACUGUCCUGCUGCUGGCUGAUCAGAUGAUCAGCCGUAUAGAGUACAUCCACUCCAAGAACUUCAUUCACAGAGAUGUGAAGCCUGAUAACUUUCUGAUGGGCCUGGGGAAGAAAGGCAACCUGGUCUACAUCAUUGACUUCGGACUGGCCAAGAAAUACCGUGAUGCACGGACGCACCAGCACAUUCCCUAUAGAGAGAACAAGAACCUGACUGGCACUGCACGCUAUGCAUCUAUCAACACACACCUUGGCAUUGAGCAGUCUCGGCGUGAUGACCUGGAGUCUCUCGGCUAUGUGCUGAUGUAUUUUAACUUGGGCUCAUUGCCAUGGCAGGGACUGAAGGCCGCCACCAAGAGACAGAAAUACGAGCGUAUCAGCGAGAAGAAAAUGUCCACCCCCAUUGAAGUUCUCUGCAAGGGCUAUCCAUCUGAAUUUGCCACGUACCUCAACUUCUGUCGAUCACUGCGAUUUGAUGACAAGCCGGAUUAUUCAUACUUGAGGCAGCUCUUUAGGAAUCUGUUCCACAGACAAGGCUUUUCCUACGACUACGUGUUUGACUGGAACAUGCUCAAGUUUGGCGCAAACCGUACAGCAGAGGAGGCAGAGCGUGAGAGGAGAGAGCGGGAUGAGCGGAUGAGGCACAGCAGGAAUCCUGCCGCUCGAGGCAUCCCAGCAGCCUCGGGCAGACCCCGCCUCACACAGGACGGCGCUCCGCCCACCCCCCUCACGCCCACCUCUCACACAGCAAACACAUCCUCACCGAGACCAGUCACUGGUAUGGAGCGCGAAAGGAAGGUCAGCAUGCGGCUUCAUCGUGGCGCCCCAGUGAAUGUGUCAUCCUCGGACCUGACGGGACGGCAAGACACUUCCCGCAUGUCCACAUCACAGAAUAGCAUUCCCUUCGAUCACCACGGCAAGUAGUUGCUCAUCACAUCCUUGUGUGAAAGCAGGCACACCAGAUUGUCUCCAUAUAUCAGGAGCCUCCACUUUGCAAUAUGGUGCACGAUGGACAACCCAACUUCACAUGGCUGAUUGACAGCUCUUCACCAUCAGCUAAUAGAUAGGGCAGUCAGUCUCUCUCUUCUAUUGAUGAAACCAAAAUGGUGUAGAACCAACCUGACCUCUUUGCUUUCAGGCUCUCUCUCUCUCUCUCUCUCUCUCUCUCUCUCGCUCUCUCUCUCUCUCUCACACAUUCACAUUUCUAUCUCACUUUUUAAAUGUUCUGACAUGAGAGCUAAGGCCUGUUGUGAAAUCACACUAGUGGGUCGACCAAUCAGAGACUAGAUCAGCCAGCCACACCACAUCAUUGUUAUUAUCUGCGUCUUCACAGUUCCACUCUAUACAUCAGUGCUGCACAAAUUUCUCUGGUUCAGGCUCCUCUCGAUUGAGGCUAAUGUAUUGUCUGUCUGUGUGGUUUAAAUUGGUCUUUUUGUUUCCUUUGUAAUACUGAGAUUUAUUUUGUAUUUUAACCUGCCCAACAGACAGAUCUGUCUGGUGGCGUUGUUAAUGGUUUCACUAAGUUUUUUAGUUACAGUGUAUUUAUUUUUUACUAUACAUUUUAAUAGCCCUCUGUAACUGGUGAGCUCACAUGCAGGUUCCUUUCCCCUGGUGAAGGUGGUGGUGUGGAGUGGAUAGACCACAACGGGGCCAAAAUCUCAGCAUGCAUCACUCUUAGCAAACUGACUCUGUGGGGACCCUGCAAGCCUCGCCAGUUUGUUUGCUAUAUUGAUCUCUGUACAAUACUGCCUCCCCAUUAUUGUCUUUUGUUUCUAAGCUGUGAAAUAAUUAAAAUAUUUGUGUAAAUGUUUCCAAACAACUCCUUACACUAUGAAAUAGCCACAGAGGGUUUGAGUGAAAGUUAUCACCAGACUUUUUUUUCCAUUUUCAUUAAACCACUAAAAUGAAGUGCAAGACAUUGGGAGGUUCAUUCACUCUGAAUUUGAACGUGGACUCUUAGGAUGCUGGUUUGAUUGUGAAUCAAGACCAUGUUGUAAUCUACUAAAUGUCUUUUGAAAAUGUUUUGUGUACUCCGUAUAUGGAUGCAAUGGAAUUGUGAAUUCUGAUGGUAUUUUGAAAGUGAUAAGAAGUAUAUGUUGGAGAUGUAGAUUGUCUUUGCAAAGGUAGAAAGGGUGAAAACAAAUACAAAUGUCUUGCUUUGAAGUUCAGAAGUGAUUCCAGCACUGAUGUGGCUUAUGCACCUUGAAAGUUGAUCUUGUCAUCUCUUUACUGUUCCCAUGGCAUCUGUAGAGGGGACUUUGGUAACUUCCUGGGUAAAGUUUUUCAUCUUCUCCCUCUUUUUAGUCCACAGCUGAUUUGGGCUCCACAGUCUUGUGGUAGUCAUGCAAAUUUGUCAGUCCUGUAAAAAUUUGUAUUGCCACCAUAUUUGUGUAUUUUAAACAGUGUAAAUAAAUGAAUUACUUGUA